GUUCCUCGCCGCAGCAAAUGCCCUCAUGCCGGAGAGGAACCACUCAGCAGCGCCCGAACACGCUCACCUGCAUACACCGUGCAGGCAACGGAUCUCAACCACCGAAUGAAUCAUUCUUCCGCUGAUUCAUCCGUCCCCCAUUCACUUACCUGCUUGACCACCUUAUCAGUCUGCGCCUUGACCUGCAGCCUCUUGUUCAUCUGCUGCCGGUCCUGCAUCGACAUCUGACCCACACGACCACCGGUUCGCCGCCUCAGCCGACCGCUGCGCAUCGAUGAGAGCUCAGGGUAGGGCACAUAACCAUCACGCACGUACUUGGCUGUUGUCGGCCUCGCAGGAUGGGGCUCAGAUGGCAGGCGUCCUGAUGGCGCAGCCGGCGGCGUCUGUGAGGGCUUGUCAGCUGAUGGCGGUCGGAAGAGGUAGAUGAUCUGGCCGUUCUGGAUCUUCAGCCUCUGCAGAGUGGCGCUGUCGCUGAGCUUGAAGGCGUCGCUGGGAUCCUCUGCAAACGGGAACGAAGACGCAUCUCGGUCAAGACCCAACUGAACGACCGAGCACGUCACACAGCGAGAGCCUAACGGGCUUGUUUGUCCUGUCCCCUGACCUUUCUUCUGAUGGAUCGCAGUCUUUCGUUUGUCCUGAUCUGGUCCUCAUGGCGACUCUCUUGAGCUCUCCCGUCGGCAAGCUCACCCGAACGAUGAUAGACUCAGCCGCACCCGCAACACACAGCGCCUGGCUCGCGAUGCCGACGACCAGGCAGACGCAGAGCUGAAUAAGAAAGGGCGCUGCCGAUGAAUUGCCGGAUGCUGGCGAUGCUGAAGAAAUUGCCACUGAUCCACUCAUCGAUUUCAAAGAUCUCAGCGACAAUCGCUCAGCCGAAGCCUGUGCCUUUGUCCGUA